UAAUCCUCCGGCCUUUGCGGAGAUAAACCAACAAAGAUUCCAUUGGUUCUUCUUAUUCAUUUGGUCGAUCUUAACCAAUGAGGAAAAAAUUCACUCGAUCAUAAUAUUAAGCACGGAAGUUAUAGGUUUGUCUUGGCUCAAGCUCUUUACACUUGUAAAAACACGUGCAGGAGGGCACUAAAGGAAAUGAUCAAGAAAAGAAAAAUGGAUGCUAUUUUCGACCCCAACGACCCAGAUCCACCCGGAUCAAAUCAGUUAUACAGUCUGGUAGCGAAUUCAAGUUCACAGCCAACGCCAUUGAAUGUUAUAACAGCAACCAUAGCAACUAGCCCCAGUGGUUCUUACAAAACAACGAAGACUUCCGAAAUUGAGCAUCAGAACCCGAAUCAACAGUUCGCCUUUUCGACCGCUGUUGCUCAUCACUCUCGCCCGCCUCCAAAAGACGGGCAAACCUCUCAUCAAGGAGGUUUAGGGGCUCCUCAGAUGCACCUAUCACGCACGCUUUCAACACAAACAACUACAGGCCAAAAUCAGUCUAGAUCCACGCAAAUCCUGAGCCCCCAUAUGCACGCAGUUCCAGAGUUUGAUGCGUCCACCUUGAACUACGCGUCUAGAACAGCACACCUUAGAGGGGAUCAAAUGUCAAACAGUCCCGGUAUAUUUGAAGAGAUAUCUAAUCAUCUGGGAAUUCCUGGAAUGGGAUUUCCUCAGCACUCUAACGCCCCAGUCCUAAACAAGCUUGGAAAAGGCCUAAAUGUCCAAUCACAACCAGACCAGACAGAUGGGACAUACCAAACCCUCAGCAAUUCUUACUCGCCGGCUAACCAGACAAAUGGGACAUACCAAACCCUCAGCAAUACUUACUCGCCGGCUAACCAGACAAAUGGGACAUACCAAACCCACAGCAAUACUUACUCGCCGGCUAACCAGACAGAUGGGACAUACCAAACCCUCAGCAAUACUUACUCGUCGGCUAACCAGACAGAUGGGACAUGCCAAACCCUCCGCAAUACUUACUCGCCGGCUAACCAGACAAAUGGGACAUACCAAACCCUCAGCAAUACUUACUCGUCGGCUAACCAGACAGAUGGGACAUACCAAACCCUCCGCAAUACUUACUCGCCGGCUAACCAGACAGAUGGGACAUACCAAACCCUCAGCAAUACUUACUCGUCGGCUAACCAGACAAAUGGGACAUAUCAAACCCUCAGCAAUACUUACUCGUCGGCUAACCAGACAGAUGGGACAUGCCAAACCCUCAACAAUACUUACUCGCCGGCUAGUACUUCAAGAGUAAAAGCAUCGAAAGAGCAGAUCAUCUCAGCAAAUUCUUCAUAUGCAGAGAUCGUAGUGAGUAAUCCUAAGCCGGAGUACGAUAAGUAUCAAAAGAAAUACACUGAUAAGAACCGGCGUCCAUCGGAACAGCGAGUUCAGGAUGGGAAGGUUCAGUUAAAGAUAACGAGUCACAAAUUUCCGCUUAGCAUCGAGCACCCUGUCAGUGUGUUCAUACGGCGCGAACCACAGGCAGCCCGGAAGGUAUUUAAAGAACGACCAGACUUGUUUAUGAGAGAAAAUGAAUACACAGAGCUAAAGGAAGUCCACGUUAAUUGGAUGCGAGAGCCCAGUCUUUGCGCGCCGUUCCACUACAAGUGCAGUGUGAACCUCGACUCGGUCUACCUGUCUACCGAGGGCAAGGAAGUCUAUAGGCUCGUCAAGGCCAAGGGACCGCUGUACAACCGCUUUCAGCUCAUCACGGUGCUACAAUACCAAGACGGUCACCGCGAGAAGCUCACCCCGUAUGAGUUUGUCCUAAAGAGCGCGAGAACAGUGGGACAAAACAGCUCAAGACUAGCUUCCGAUUCCAUCUUGGCAACAACAAAUAGACAAACAAACGUUGUAUGCGACUUCCUCAAAGCCAACAUUGCCGAGAUAAAAAAGAUCGACUACGAGAUCCUCGAGACAAAGCAGCAUGACAUUGCGUAUUACUACAUGAGCAUUCGGCAAUCCGAAGACGGUUCCAAACGCCUCCCUACGGAUCUCGAACGUGGCGACGUAGUCGGGUUUUUCGCCGCAGCUGAUGAAGGCGGCGAAACGAGCAUCGACUACCUGACAGCGGAGAAUAGCAAGAGAGCAUGCGUGGCGGGCGUUAUCAGCAGGAGUGCGUUUCUCAGAGGAAGAAAAGCGAUAUGUGACCCCGAAAAAGAGAACGCUGACUUAGUGUGUAUCAUCGGUGAAGUCGACGUCAAAGUGAUAGGCCCCGUCAAGACUGGUGAACUCAUCUACACGUCAAAAUCCAACCAAAUGCCGGGGACAGCAGUGGCUUAUAGCCAGAUGGAACAAGACAUCACUGCCACUCUUCUCGGCAUGGCAAUGCAAGAGUCACGUGACCCCGACUUAAAGUUGGUCAGGUGCUUGGUCUCUAUUGUGCUCGGAAUCAGCAGUAAGGCCCAAAAACAGAGCCUUGAGGAAAUCCAUAGAAUGAAAGAAGAGAUGGAGAAGAGUUUCGAAGAUAAAGUGGUCAAGAUUCAAAACUGCUGGAAAGGAUUAUGGAAAAAGGCAAUUGGAGUAUUUCUGUUUCUGCUGGUUACAGGAUUCCUGUGUUACAUGUUUUUGGCGCCAAACUCUCCAUAUCUUAUCGGAAAGUGCGAGGCCGGCUGUAUUCACGCACCAAAUGGCAAAUGUUGCCUCUUGAAGUUGGAAUACAUACCAGACGAAUCUCAGGAAGUUGAUGAAAUCUACGGCAUCCGAUUCAAAUGGGACAAGCUUAAAAGAAAGCUGAGCUUAGCUUUUGACAAGUACCCGAAUAGCACAGGAUUUCGGUACUAUUUGAACAAAAACCGUUGCGUGACCGGUAGCAUCCGGGCAAUCUCCUCGUGGCUAGACCCAGCUCCCCGUGUCCCUCGCGUCAACGUGUUAGCAGUGGACGUGAACUGCACUAUGGUAUAUUACCAUAGCAACAGCAGGGGAUGGAUUCAUUACAAUCCGAAGAGGCUAAAAGUGGUGAAAUGUGCACGGGUACAUCGACAUUCCCACGAACAACUCGACUAGGAGUUUCUAGUUAGCCACAGAAAGCCCAUACUAUGUAAUGUUCGUUUUAGAAUAGCAAUACUCAGAGUUAGAAUUACCGUAGCAACACAGACUUGGUAUGAGAAUUACCCUAGCAACACAGACACAUGAAAGGACCCUUCACUUUGAGACGAUCAUAAAAGUACAAAAAUACUACAUACAUUGUCACAUCAUGUUUAAAAAGGCUUUGUUAUUCAUCUAUUAAGUCUGUGUACCGGUUGGGGUUUCGUUAACUCGUUUUGCUGAUACUUCGUCUUAAUUUAUCGUAUUUUCGUGCUGAAAAUCCAUGGCUGAUUAGUAUCUGUAAUUUUUUGGUAGUGAUAUGAAUUCUUUCAAGCUUUUUGCUGUCAAACGGAUCAAAACUCCAGUACCCGGAUUGGUGAAGAUGUAAGUGGGCAGUGCGAGGAAACAGACGUUUUGCAAGCCGUUUCAUUGGUGUUAUGGAGAUGAGGGAUAUUUUGCUCUCUUUUCAAGGUUAAAGGUGUAUUUGUGAGCUAUUGUUUAAGGUCAGGUGUACGACUCAUGUAUUUUUACGAUAUUUUAAGCUAUAUUUGCUUGUGUUGUGAAAGUAUUUUUGAAUUGCCAAUGCGUGUUUAUUUUUCAAAAGAAUCGCUUGUCUCGCCCACUUUUCCGGGGGCUAAACAAUUAAGCAUGGAAUAAACAUAACAUGUAAAGGAUUGCUACAAUUAUUUAGCAAAAGAUGUCAGGUCUUACGGGAUUUUAUGUAUUUUUCGAGGAUGGUUGUUGAUAGUAUAGAUUGUUUCCGAGCAUUUUAUGCAUGGAAUUCAAAUGCGGAUAGGAUACGUAAAAAGAUAUAGCACGAAACAAAGAAUUGGACUGAGUGUUCACUUUAUUAAGGGAAAGUUCAUUUAUUAUCCCGAGGGGAGGGCGUGGGGAUUUUGAUAAAAGUAAGGGAUAAAAUUAGUUGACCCCCUUCAGGAGGAACAAAAUUUUCCACAUUUUCGGUAACCUCUCGCGAAAAUCUAAGAAAGAAGGAGCAAAAAAAGAAACGGCAAUGACAAUGUUAAAGGAACGCGAUCAAGAGAUUAGCUGCAUUGGGCAGAAAGUGGAGGGUAAGAAAAUGGCUGAAAAACCUUAAUUCAGAAAAAGUGAAGGCACUUAAUUUUUCAUAGAUGCGACUAACUCCAGGUUUCAACCUGAUAAUGGUUGAUGCUGUAGAUGACGUAAAAGAAGCAAAAAGGCUUUUCGAUCAUCUCCUUGCAAGAAAAGCGCAGCACGAGAAAAGAGAAAAGAGAGCUAGGAACCACAGGGGGAAUCAGAUAUGAGCGAGGAUUUUGAUGAUGGAGAAAAAGCGCUUAAAGCAUUGAAAUGUUCUGUUUAUAUUUUAGAUAUGGAAUAUUAGCACUUUAUAACGCCCCCCUUAAGACAUCAAAAAUUUAUCGAGGCUCCCCCCCACAGUAUCCCCACGCCCCCCCCCCCCCCCCCCUCGGGAUAAUAAAUGAACUUUCCCUAAGUGGCGCGCGUAACAAAAGGACGGGAAAAUCUUGCUGUUUAUUUCAUUCUUUAGCUCUGGCGGUGAAUAAGUCACUAGAACUAGCUUACCGAUCCGGUACGAGUGCUGUUGUAAUAUUUGUCACUACAGGUCAGUGAUGAGUAGACCCGAUUUCCAGAUGAACUUUUAUGGUCACUUCUCUAUUUUCAAGUUUAUGUAUUGUCCUUGUGUCUUGUAAUUCUAUUCAAUAAUUUUCUUGUUAACCCAUAAAAGUUGAAAAUAGAAACGGUUGGAUAUCGAGCAAUAGCUACUUGGAGGCAUUAUUUUGAAACAGUCUCUCUUCCUUAAAAAAAAAAUGUUUGUCUGUUAUUGUUCCAUCAAAUGUGCAUGUGUGUAUCAAAUAUAUUUUUGGCAAGGUUCCCUUCUCUUCCAAGUUUUAUCAAUGUCACUCAAGAAUCGACCAUUAGAAACUGGUCAUCAGGAGAAUGAUUUUCACUGCAUGAAGCACCGGAAACAAUAAACAAUAACAACAAAAAAUAGGCAGCUGCACUGCAUAGUGUGAGAUACGUGAACUUAUUAACGAAUGCAGAGUGAACAAUAGCAAUUUUUUUAUUUUAUCUUUCUACUAUUUUUUAAAUUACUCUUUAUUUAAGAUUUUGUGGAAAGGGCUUUGCUUUUCUUCAAUUUUGUUGAAUGCAGUUGCAGUGGUUUCGUUGCAGUUGAUAUAAUCUACCUAGAAACAGAAGUAUUAACUGUAUUGAAAGAAAGGUUCUCUUUCAAAGUCUGGCAGCAUCAAAAUAAAACAGUGCUAUUACAGUUCUGGUACUGUUAGC